UUGGCGCUUCAGUAUCGCAAGCGAAUCGGUGCCGGUUCGUCGCGUCACGAGAGAGUAAGGUCGUUCAUUCUUACAUAAUUAUUCAUUUUUUCAUCUAAUAUCGCGCGGAAUGUCUUAUUUCACUUGGACAAAGCUGUCAUGGCUUUUUCCAGUUUUCUUAUUCGCGCUGCACAUCACAACAGCCGAGAAGUGCGUGUUGAAGAGAUUCGAGCGUCCAACUGGUGUUUACCGACUGGCUAAAUCGGUGCUACCGGUAUCUUACGAUUUGACGCUACGAAAAGUAGAUUUCAACGAAUUCGUGUUCGAAGGCGACGAAAGAAUCGAAGCCAAGGUUGUGGCGAGAACCGACGUUAUCCAACUUCAUAAGAGGAACUUGACCACGACGCUGCUUUACGUUUUGGAUACGGAUAGCUUCAAGCGGAUAAACGUUCUUGGAACCAGUUACAAUGAGAUCACUGAAAUCUGGUCGAUACGUUUGGAAAGACAGCUGCGGCGUUCGGGUAAUAUCCGCAUCGCCAUCAAAUUCAGUGGGUCGAUGAGAGAUGAUAUGGUUGGAUUUUACAAGAGUUACUACAUCGACGAAGCUGGCAAAACGAGAUGGUUGGGGGCAACUCAAUUCGAGCCAGCAAACGCGCGAGACGCCUUUCCCUGUUUCGACGAGCCGGCUCUCAAGUCCAAAUUUUCGAUCACCAUAGUCGCACCCAAAGGUUACUCCUGUUUGAGCAACAUGCCAUCGAAUCCCACGUACAAUGUUCCCUGCACCUUCGAGCAGUCGCCACAGAUGUCCAGCUACCUGGUAGCCUACGUGAUCUCGGAUUUCGUCCACCUCGGUAACGCCACGUCCAACUAUCGCGUCUGGACUCGUCCAGGUGCCCUGCAAUACGCUCGUUACGCUUUGAAAAUCGGCCCCGAGAUCCUCCACCAACUGGGACAACGAUUCGAUGAACCGUACCAUCUUCCGAAAAUGGACCUCAUUGCGAUACCGGACAUGUUGCCCGGUGCCAUGGAGAAUUGGGGUCUCAUCACCUUCGACGAGUGGAGCCUGCUGUACGACGAAGCUGAGGCUUCCGAUGAAGUCCAGCAGAGAGUCGCUAUGUAUGUAGCUCACGAGUCCAGUCACCAGUGGUUCGGGAAUCUCGCGACGCCGGAGUGGUGGAGUUACUCCUGGCUGAGCGAAGGUUUCGCGCAGUACUUUGAGUUCAUGGCUGUUGACAAGCUCGAGCCCGGCUGGAGGAUGGACCAGCAGUUUGUGGUACAACAGUUCCAAGUGGCACUAGCUGCCGACGGUGUGCAAAAUUCUGAAUCUCUGACCGAGAAAAUCAAGGCAACCAGAGCGGAAAUCGAAAAUGUUGGAAGUACCAUCACCUAUUCCAAAGGUGCGAGUCUGAUACGAAUGUUGGAGUUGACCUUUGGGACCGAUCUGUUCAACGCCGCUCUGCGCGAGUAUCUGCAAGAUCGGAAGUUCAAGUCCGCAACACCCGACGACCUGUGGAGAGUUUUUCAGGAGCGCGUAUUUCGGUCCCGCAAUUUAUCGCCAAAACUGAAGAUGAUCCCAGUCUCCAGGUUCAUGAAGACCUGGACGGAUCAACCUGGUUACCCAUGCUUAACGGUAGACAUCAAACCCAAGGUCAUAAAAAUCAGCCAACAGAGGUUCUUACUCCCAAACAGAAAAGCCGUUUCCACCAACUCGGUUUGGAGGGUGCCCGUCACCUGGAUGACGUCUGACCAGGUCAACGGAACAAGCCGUCCGAGCACCACACCUAAGUACUGGUUGGCGAGCAAAAACGCAGUUAUACCAAAUCCGAACAGGAAUGCCGAUUGGACGAUAUUCAACGUGCAAUCAGCAGGGUUUUAUCGCGUCAACUACGAUAAGGACUCGUGGAACAAGAUCAUUAACGUUUUGCUGAGCAAAGAUUUCGUGAAGAUUCCGGUGGUCAACAGGGCAGCCAUAGUCGACGACAUGUUCAAUUUGGCAAGAGCUGAAAUGCUUGAUUAUCAGACCGUGUUUCGAGCGAUGGAGUACCUCAAACACGAAACUCAUUACUUGCCCUUAAAGUCUGCUAUCGAGUCUCUACGUUACUUGUUAAGAAGAUUCGCUGCUACAGACGAUUCGCAAGUUUUCUAUAAGCACGUAGCAUCUUUGUUCGCAAAUGUUUACGAAAAACUAGGCUACGACGAUAAACCUGGGGACGAUCGAUUGACGAUAUUUUUGCGGCAGGAAGUAAACGGGAUAAUGUGCUACCUUGGUCUUGCCGACUGCAUUGACAGGUCGAAGCAUUACUUUUCCAACCUAACGAUCAACGGGAUACCAAUCCCGAAGAACCAACGGCCAACGGCGUACUGUUAUGCCCUCAAAUAUGGAAAUUCGGAUGAUUGGGACUAUUUGUGGAACAAAUUUAGAACAGGCAAUUUGGCCACCGAACAAAGCACUAUCUUGCAAGCCCUUGGAUGUACCGAAAGUCCAGAAACCAUUAAAAGAUAUUUGUUAAAAACGCUGGAAACUGCACAAAUCAGCGGCAUACGCCAGUCAAAUCUAUUAUUUGUUAACAGAGGAUUGAGUUCGUCCGUUACCGCCGCUAGGACGAUUCUCGAAUUUGCCGAGGAGUAUCGAGUUGAUAUAUUCAAAAAGUAUGGCAGCUACGAUAAGAUUACUGAUCUGAUCUCGUCCGCGCUGCCAGAUUAUGCCACUAAGGAUUUAGUAAUAAAGUUAAACGGUUUGACAGCCAGCAACAAUGGCAUGUCAAAUCUAUCGUCGAUUCGCACCGAUUUAAAUGAUAUUUUGCUAGAUACCUCGUUCGAAUUGAAUUGGAUCAAAAAGCAUAAGAACUCUAUUGUAGAGUGGAUCUCAUCGAAUGGAAAACCUGUAACGGCAAAUUUGUAUUUUAAUUAAUGAAACAAAUUAAUAAAUUACAUAUAUUACCACGA